AUGGCACGAUUAGCUACCGUCGCCUUGUACCAUCGGGAUACUCUUUCCAAAGGUCAUUCCCGGCGAAUUUUUGGGUACGACGCUUUCCACUGGGGAAUGAUGGUCAUGCCGGAAAGUAGUCACGGCCGAGAUUGCAAUGCGUAUGAAGCCACGGAUGCAUCUGAAAUUGACCCCGCCACUUUCAGGAUGAAGAAUCCUCACAUGAACUGGUGGUUCCGUCCUAAAGAAAACAUUGACCCCGAGCUUAGUUCCAAGCUUAUUGGGCGCAUCGUUAUCGGUCAUAUACCGGAGGAUGUAUUAAACCUUGAACUAGAGAAGUUUUUUGCCAGCAUUCCCUUGCCGGUUAAAAACACGAAUCCGCAGGAGAGCUGCGUGACUUGGACCGUGAAUGUUAUUCUGGCGCUGCAAGGGAAGAAUUGGGCAUGGACCUUUGAUAUUGAACCGUUCAAGGAUUGGGCGCUUGCUUACGCUGACGACAGAAUGAAGUUGACUGAUUCUACCCAGCCAAAGGUGGUGACAUACAGUGCACAAAACGGAGAGUAG